UGCUCGCUCAUUCAGUUGAUAGCCAGCUAAGCCGGCAGCUGAGUCUUUCAGUUGUCUUUAACUUACCCGCACUUUACAAAAGGUCAGAGUGACUCAUAUCGUUGUUGCCCCACAAGCGGCUUCCAAGACGAUCGUUCACCAAAUACAACACCGAUCCCUUGGCGAGAUUUCGUUGUUUUUGUUUCGUUUUAGAAUUGCUGUGAUUUGUAAAACAUGAAUGAUGCUAUAUAUCGGACCACCGUGGAUAGAGUGUGAGUUUUCAUUUAUUUUGGAUUGUAAAGACUACCAGCUUACAAACUUUUUGUUAUGGAAAAGCAUCAGUGAUUGAGUUUGCAGUAAAAUAUUUGGAUAUUUCUUGGAGUUUUUGUUUUCCGGCCGGUAAGUUUCCAUUCCGGUGCCCAUAGGUUUGCACAAGUGGUUUGAUAGCUGACGGGAGAACUAAUUUUAUAAAAUUUUGUGAAGUCUCUUGAAGUAGCCGUGAUGCAGAUCCGUCGGCGAAUCAAACUAGCCAUAACUCCACUUCUAUUGCUCUUCCUGUUUGUCCCACCGACUGUGUUGGCUCAACAAGAUUUGGAAGAUGAGAACUUUGCCGCAUUUGAAGAUCCAAUGACUGAAAAAUUUAAUCAUUUGACUGUGCAUGACUACACAGAAAAAGUUUAUAUUGGAGCGGUAAACAGGAUCUACCAACUGUCUAGGGAUUUAAAAGUGGAAGCUAUUGCUGUCAUAGGUCCACAAGAAGAUAGUCCGAAAUGUCCAGUUACCAGAAUAUGCCCCAACGAAGCAAAAAGACCAACUGAUUACCACAAUAAGGCUCUAGUGAUUGACUAUCCUCAAAGUAGGUUGAUAGCUUGUGGUAGCCUUUUUCAGGGUAUAUGUACAGUGCAUAACCUCAACGAUGUCACGAAUUUUGUGACACCUGCUAAUGAAUCUGUCGUUGCCAACAAUUCCACGGCUUCCACAGUAGCUUUCAUAGCUCAAGGACCUAAAAGUUUACCCCGAAUGCACGUGUUGUAUGUCGGUGUUUCAUAUACCGGUAAUGGACCGUAUAGGUCUGAUGUACCUGCUGUCAGCAGCAGAAGUCUUGAUCCGAAUAAUAUGUUUGCAAUUGCUCAUACAGGUGUCACUACGGGUACCAAAGUCAUGGUCAAUAGUAUGUCCAGAGAAAUAUAUCCUAUCACAUAUGUGUAUGGCUUCAGCUCGAAAGGUUUUUCGUAUUUUGUUACCGUUCAAAAGAAGUUUACGGAUCCACCGAAACCUUUCAUAUCUAAGCUCGUGCGUAUAUGUCAUGAAGAUGUGCAUUACUAUUCAUAUACAGAAGUACCACUUAUGUGUCGAGCCCCUGAUGGAACUGAUUAUAACUUAGCUCAGGCAGCUUAUGUGGGUAGGCCUGGCUCUGAAUUAGCAGUCUCUUUAGGCAUAGCAGCUCAAGACGAUGUUCUUUUUGCUGUUUUUGCCAAAUCCAAAGAUGAAUCUGAUAUUUACAACAAACCAAGUCCUAACUCUGCUUUAUGUGUUUAUGCUCUCUCUGCUGUGCAUCGCAAAUUUACACAGAAUAUUCAACACUGCUUUAAUGGAUUUGGUGACAGAGGAUUAGAUUUCAUCAAUCCUAGCCAAAAUUGCAUGGUAACGCAAGUGCAAAUAAAUGAUGAUUUCUGUGGAAUGGAUGUGAACACUCCUCUGGGAGGUAGCAUGCCCAUUGAGGCCACUCCUGUGCUUACGUAUUCUGGACUCCUGCUAACUUCAGUAGCUGCCACUUCCACCCACGAUUACACGGUAGCCUUUAUGGGCACGGCCACUGGACACUUGAAAAAAGCUGUUGUUGAAUCAGUGACAAGUGCUUUUGAGUACAGCGAUCUUCAGAUAGAUGAAGGCAAGUCUGUAAGUCCGGACAUGCUCUUCGACAAGAACAAAGAAUUCUUAUAUGUUAUGACAGAAAGAAGAGUAACUAUGGUUAAAGUGCAAGAAUGUUUAGUUUAUAAAACAUGCAGUGAAUGCCUAGAAGCCCAAGAUCCUUAUUGUGGUUGGUGUUCUUUGGAAAACAAGUGUAGUUUAAGAAGUGAUUGUGCUGAAGCUGCCCAAGAUCCUUUAUAUUGGUUAUCUUAUAAAAGUGGAAAGUGCACAACCAUUACAAGUGUUCACCCACCUCAGAUACAGAGAACAACUGCCAGAAUUCUAAAUUUAGUAAUUGACAACUUACCAGUCUUGGAAGGGCAGUUUUUCUGUGCUUUCACUGCUCUUGGAAAAACUUUGGUUACAAAUGCAUCUCGUUCAGCAAAUGGCGUCAGCUGUGCUACUCCUCAUACAGAUUCUCUACCUCCAAUACCACCCACUCAACAUCAUUUUACUGCAAAGUUAUCAGUUCGGAUGAAAAUUGGACCAGACUUUGUUGCUACAAAUUUUACAUUUUAUGACUGCAGCACUUAUACAUCAUUUUAUUCCAGAUGCACCCAAUGUGUUUCCAGUCCUUUUCCAUGUGAUUGGUGUGUUGGUGGUCAUCGUUGUACUCAUGACACGGGAGAAAACUGUCGUAAUGAUAUAUUAGUGACUGGAAUUUCUAGUAUUGGACCCAGUAUUAGAUCUGGACCUGGUUUUUGUCCCAGAAUUAACACAACUACUGGUGGUUCAAUUGAAAUUUUAGUACCAUCCGGCAUAAGCAAGCGGAUACAAGUAAAAGUUGAUAAUAUUCAGCCUAUUAUUGCUUCAACAAGAUUUGUAUGUCAAUUCAACAUUGAAGGCAGAGUUAGGCAGGUCCAUGCUCAACUUCUAGGUGAUACUAUAUAUUGUGAGCCAAUGGGAUUUACAUAUGGAACUCAAGCUCCAAAUAUUACUACUGCUUUUGCUGUGAUAUGGGAUGGUAGUAAACCCUUAGACAAUCCUGAAAAUAUUCAUGUGUUGGUAUAUCGCUGUCAAGGAAUGGCACAGAAUUGUGGUAUUUGUCUAGAGCUUCCAGAUAAAUAUGCCUGUGGUUGGUGUCAGGAUCCACCAUCAUCAUGUCAAGUUCAUGAACAAUGUAGUUCAGAUCCAACUCAAUGGCUUGACCAUAGUCAAACAUGUCCAGACCCAAAAAUUACGCGGUUUUUUCCUGAGUCUGGUCCUUGGGAAGGUGGCACAAACAUAACAAUCGAAGGUAUCAACUUAGGUCGAGUAUUUGAAGAUGUUGCUGGUGGUGUUAAAGUAGUUUAUGAUGCUGAUGGACGUACCAUUGCUGAAUGUUUACCACACAAAGAAAAUUAUCGGAAAACUAGUCAGAUUGUUUGUCAAGUUGAAAGUCCACGAAAUUUGACUACUGGUCUUGGUAGAGGAUCUAUUGCUGGCCCAAUUGUGGUAAAAGUUCAAAAUGAUUACAUAGCUCGCUCCAAAAAGCAAUAUUCAUUUGUCAAUCCAAGAAUAACUUCAGUUGAACCAAGUAAAGGACCCAAAUCUGGAGGAACUCGCCUGCGGAUAUGGGGCUUGCACAUGGAUGCAGGGAGCAGAGCUGAAGCUUUUGUUGAUGGCUUAGAAUGUAAAGUAGCUGGGAGAAGAAGAAAUUGUGUGGAAUGCACAACAUCAGCUUCUACAGAAAAAGGACAUGGGAAAGUGCGUGUCAAAUUUGAUAAUGGUCUUCGUAUCUUUGAAGAUUAUAAUUUCCUUUACGUGGAUGAUCCAGUGAUAAUUCAUGUAGAAUCAGGGUCUGGUCAACGUGGAACACCUAAAGGCAUUCCCAGUGGAGGCAUUAGUAUUACAGUUCAUGGUACGAACCUAAAUGCUGUACAAGAGCCUAUGAUGUAUGUUUUAGUGGAUAAUCAAGAAUACACUAGUGCUUGUAAAGCUGAAUCAGCUUCUGAAAUGAAAUGUAGAAGUCCUGCUGUACCACCAUCUAAAUUGGAUUUCUCUGGAGAUGAAGCAAUUGAACUUGACUUUGGAUUUCUAAUGGAUAAUGUUGAAAGAGUUAAAAAUUUAAGUGAAAAACCAGGGUUUCCAAAAUUUUACAUGUAUCCAGAUCCACUUUAUUAUAAAUUUACUGAAGAAAACAACAUCAAAUACUACAAGAGUGACUAUCUAACUAUCAAUGGUCAAAAUUUGGACAGAGCAUCACAGGAAUCUGAUGUAAUUGUGCGUAUUGGAACUAGUUUCUGUAAUGUUACGUCACUUUCUCGUUCUCAGUUGACUUGUCGUCCUCCAACUUCUCAACCUUUUGCACGUGAUAUUGCUGGUUACCCUGUUCAAGGCCAAUUGCCUGAAGUUGUGGUUGAAGUUGGUGACAUCCUAAAAUUUCCUAUUGGAAAACUUAGUUAUGAAUUACCGUCUUCUCAUGAUAGUGCCUUAUCAAAACCAGUUAUCAUCGGAGUCAUUGUUGGAGGUUGUAUUCUUGUCAUUAUCGUCAUCAUUAUUUUGAUUGCCUACCGUCAAAAAUCCACUGAGAGCUCCAGAGUCUUAAAAAAUAUGCAGGAGCAAAUGGAUGUUUUAGAGUUACGAGUAGCAAGCGAGUGCAAAGAAGCUUUUGCUGAGUUGCAAACAGAAAUGACAGAUCUAACUAGUGAUUUAACAGCUGGUGGAAUACCAUUUUUGGAUUAUCAAUCAUAUGCCAUGAAAGUAUUAUUUCCGAAUUCAGAUGACCAUCCUGUACUCAGGGAAAUGCAGCUUGAUCCAUUGAAGAAACCUUAUAUCGAAAAAGGAUUGAGAUUAUAUGGCCAGCUUAUCAUGAAUAAAAUUUUCUUACUACUUUUCAUAAGAACUUUGGAAUCGAAUCGUUAUUUCUCUAUGAGAGACAGAGUCAAUGUUGCUUCAUUAAUAAUGGUAACUUUACAAGGAAAAAUGGAAUAUUGCACAGAUAUUCUGAAAACUUUGUUAGCCGAAUUAAUUGAAAAAUGCAUUGAGGGCAAAAGUCAUCCAAAGUUAUUAUUACGAAGAACUGAGUCUGUAGCAGAGAAAAUGCUUUCUUCAUGGUUUACUUUUCUACUAUAUAAAUUUUUACGAGAAUGUGCAGGUGAUCCACUUUUUAUGCUAUAUCGUGCAAUAAAACAGCAAGUUGAUAAGGGACCAGUUGAUGCCAUAACUAGUGAAGCAAGAUACUCAUUGUCUGAAGAAAAACUAAUUAGACAGUCUAUUGAAUAUAAAAGCAUGACUGUUUAUGUGUCUAUGUCAAUUCAGACACAGUAUGUUGCGGGUCAAGAACCACCUGGAGAAAAUAUAGAAACUCCUGUAAAAGUUUUAGACUGUGAUACUAUUUUACAAGUAAAAGAAAAAGCUUUAGAUACUAUUUAUAAAAGUACUCCAUUCACCCAAAGACCAAGCAAAGAAGACCUUGAUCUAGAGUGGAGGACUGGUACUACUGGUCGACUCACUUUGUCAGAUGAAGAUGCUACAACAAAGCAAGAUGGCGAGUGGAAAAGGCUCAAUUGUCUUGCUCAUUAUAAGGUUCCAGAUGGUGCUUUACUGACUCUGGUGCCUAAGCAAUCGUCCAUGUAUAAUCUUUCAAUCAUGACUGACAAGGUUGAUAGACAUAAAUAUGAAACACUAAAUUUUUCAUUCAAGACCAGUCCCACUCUAAGUCGAGCCACCUCUCCUUUGAAUCAUGAUCCGGAAUCAGGCUAUAAAUAUUGGCAUUUGGUGAAGCAUCAUGAUGCUGAAACUAAUAAAGAAGGGGAAAGGGGGAACAAAAUGGUAUCUGAAAUAUAUUUGACUCGUCUUUUAGCCACAAAGGGUACUUUACAGAAAUUUGUAGAUGAUUUGUUUGAAACUAUUUUCUCAACUGCACAUCGAGGGAGUGCUUUACCUCUUGCAAUUAAAUAUAUGUUUGACUUCUUAGAUGAUCAAGCUUUAAAUCAUGCUAUUUCAGAUCCUGAAGUAGUUCAUACUUGGAAAUCAAAUAGCUUACCUUUAAGGUUUUGGGUUAAUUUAAUAAAGAACCCAAAUUUUGUAUUUGAUAUUUACAAGACAAAUAUAGUGGACUCUUGCCUAUCUGUUGUGGCACAAACCUUCAUGGAUGCUUGUUCUACUUCAGAACAUAGAUUAGGCAAAGAUUCCCCAAGUAGCAAACUUCUUUAUGCCAAAGAUAUUCCAAUUUACAAAGACUGGGUGGAGAGGUAUUAUCAAGAUAUACAACUCAUGCCAGCAAUAAGUGAUCAAGAUAUGAAUGCCAUGCUUGCUGAAGAAUCAAGGCUUCAUGCACAUGAAUUCAAUACAAAUGUUGCCUUGUAUGAGCUCUAUAGUUAUGCUGUGAAGUAUAAUGAUCAGCUUAUGCAAACAUUAGAAGAAGACGAGUUUUCACGCAAAAACAAGUUAGCUUGGAAACUAGAACAAGUUCAUGCAAUAAUGAGUGGUGAAUCUGAAGCAUGACAGUAUUAUUGGCAAUCUGUGGACGUAUGACGCUACUAAUGUCCCCAACGUGAUUUGUCAGACCUUCACCGAUUGCCACGGCUCGGUUUCAAGGACUUGCUGCCACUUGUUGGGAUCCUCCAUUCUAUGCAAUUAGGAUGCUCUCUGAGGUGCAUUUGGGUGCAAUAAUUAGUUUCACCCUUUGCCCUCAGUUCCUAGACAGCAACGAAAAUUCUGUGAACGAAUGAAUUUUUUGGUACUGUUAUUAAAUGCAAAUGGACAAUAAAGAAAUAAACUUGCCACCUGAAUAAAAUAGCCUGCCUGCUUUUGGAACGCUUUAUGGAUCUGUAUAAAAAUCAAAUUGUUGUGUGAUAGCAGGCACAAAUACUUAAUGAGCUGAGCUAACCGAUGCUCAUUAUGUUGGUUAUGGUGCCAAACAAUGGCAAGCAUUUCUGUUUCUAAUAGUGGGCCCUAUUUGGAUGCACCUAGUCUUUUACUAUUCUUCGUCCCCUUUUGCAUUCCUUGCUGAAAUGAUUUUUUUAUUCUCUCAUGAUCAAAUGUUCACCAACUGCAUGUGCAACUUCCAGUGCCUUUUUAAUGCAUGCUUCUGAGUUCUUUUGAAAAUUUAGAAGCCAUUCCAGUUUUACCCUUAGUAGCCUUGACCUUGAGUCUUCCACUUUGUGUUCCUUGUCUAAGAACAAAGACUCGUUUAUUUAUCUCAUUGUUUAAGGGGCCUUUCGUGAGUCGGUAUGAAGUAUGAAAACAAAUAAUGAACUCCAAACCAUUGAAAAAUGAAUCAAGGCAAUAUGUAGAAACAUAUAUCUAUAUCUAUAUAUAAAUAUAUAUACAACUGUACAUAUACAUGCAUAUAAAUAUAUAGAUAAGUGCCUAUAUAUGUGUAUGUAUGUAUGUGUAUAACAACACAUAAAAACACAUCUGUGCACUGCUACUAAUCGUGGUUAUUGUUGCAUUUUAAGGCACGGAAUAGGAACAAUUUGCAGUGCCCAUACAAAGUAGCUAAUAGAAUAUAGCUCGUCUACCAAAAUCUAGUACCCAGAUUUAAAAACUGCACUGUGAUAGACUUUUUUCCUCUCACCCCACAAAUACCCAUUCCAUUUGUUUUAUACACUUCCAUGUAAUUUCGUUCUAUAAAUAAGAGCAAAUAAUUAUAAACAUCACCGAAGGAGUGGCCGAAAUUCCUUCAUUUUCUUCACUUCUACAUGAUGAACUGUCGUCCAAACAGACAACUGAUUUCAUCCACAUUAAGGAAGGUUGUAUAUCUGAUGUGACUUUUUGAAGUAUGUGUCCUCAUCCUUUGGAAUCAACAUUCAUUGCACAUGAAAGAGCUCAAUUAAAUGAACAGUGGCACAUCAAUCCCAUGCUGCUUGUGUAAUUUCCUGAGAAAUUCACCAGAAAAUAAUGCUGAGUAGCAGUAUCAAAAGUCCUAAAAGAUUUCUUUGCUUAGGAUGAAUAUCAAGCAAAAGACACUUUUUGGUACAACCUUAAACUUUGUAAAAUAUUUAUAGCAUAUUUUUAUUAUGAUGUUGAUUUAGAGCCUAAACCUUGCUCAAAAUGAUUUCCUGUCACAUGUAAUAACAAGAGGGUGUUUCAAAAGAAUUUGUUGCUCCUCUUAAUUGUAAAAAUGUUUCUGUUUAGAUAAUUGGUCCCAGUUUUCAGCACAAAUUGUUUCAUAAUACAGGUACUGACAUGACCAAAUCACAAACGUUUCUCACAAAUUUCUACGUGUAUUCAAGUUUUUAAUAAAAUGUAUAAAACUUUGA